CACCUUCUUAAAAAUGGCUCUAAUAUUCUGUGUCGUGUUUUAUAUGUCCAUUCAUGCAGCGCGUGGAGAUAUUUUUGCUGCCAAAAGCAUAACCAGAGCACUUGUUCCGCCGCGACGUGAUAGUGACUAUAUCCCACCAAAACCGACAACAACUACUCUACCGGAAGUGAUAAUUAAUCGAAAAUCAACCAGCACAACUGCAGCUCCUCAGCGUGACUCACAAGGAUAUUAUUACGAUCCUCCGCAUAGUGAAUAUCUGCCCCCAGAACAACCGUUCGCAGAUGAACCACUGCCACCACCGCAGCUACCACCUUUUUCCGACGAAUAUCCUUCUGUGGACAACCAAUACCUACCGCCAAAUAAUGAUCCCAUUUUCUCCGAUCCCCCCGUUAAUGAUUAUCUUCCUCCACAACAACAAAUACCGCAGCAAGACGAAAUUAUAAUCGUCACCACAGAACCUGGCUAUCAUUAUGCACCAGCGAGCUCUCGACCACCAUUAGCGGAUGAAGGAUCUGUAUUUCCAGCCGGAGGCAAUGACGGAUAUCAGUAUAAUCCUCCUGCUAAUGGAUACUUACCCCCUGCAGGACGAGCCUUACGGGACGAGCCAGUUAGCAAUGACCGCCAUCCUAUUAGGCUACAAUUAAAUGAGCUAACUUGCCUUCAGAACAGUGGAGGUUACUUCCGGUCUACGCUGACAAUACAAAGUGCAAUCGAUGGUGUUCCAGUUAUUGAUGGCGAUCAGAGUGGUGGAGACUUAACCGGUUGUAAUAUUCGUGUGCAACAAACAAGACUGCUAGUGAACAUUGAUUACAGUGAUUUUUCCAAGUGUGGUGUCGUACAGUGCGGGAAUAAUGCACGGGAACUGUGCCUUCGUUUAAGGUUUCCUCAAAUUGCCGGAAUGCGCACGGCGGCGGAUGCGAUCUUAACUUUACAGUGUAAAAUACAACAGCGGGUGGUAGCCCGCACGCACGCGUUUCGGUUGGGUGUCAGUAAUAAUGUGCAGGGAAGAAGUGCUUCAGGAACUUUCGCUUUCGGUGGAUCCCAGCGGCCCUUUCGUUCGCAACUGGGCCUAUUUCGGAGGCAAGAUAGUGGCAGCGGCGGAUUCACCCGUUCACUCGAACCUGGAGGUGCUGUAACUCUCGGUGAAGACCUUAUCCUGAAAACACAGGUGCGAAGCGGUGAUGGCUGGAACUAUACGAGACUGUCGGAAGUGGUAAUGCAACGAUUAUCGCCAACCGGAAGUGUGCUAAAUUCCGCCAUCUUGGUUGCUACCAAUGGAUGCGUUAAUCCGGCGAUGAAAGCCAUUUGUCCGGCAGCUCCAAUUGUGGAAUCGCCGUUGAGCAAUAGGUUGGCAUUCCGAGCUGCCAUGUUCCAGGGAAUGCACAGUGAAGAUGAAAUGGUACUAAGGGUGCGCGUUGUUGGUUGUGUGGAAAGGCGUGAAUGUAUUGUGGAAAACUGCGCUACCCUGCGUUCGAAGCGUGAAACGACAAUCAAUAGCGGACCUAACGCCACCGUGGAGCACGAGUUUCCGUCGGAAGUGGCGACGAUUUCAUUUCGCAUCCUACUGCCGUCCAAUGCAACCAACGACCUUGGUCCCGGUGGUCCGGCGUCACCGGCGGUUCUCACGGUUUGGCUGACGAUUGCAGCGACAGCAAUAAUCCUCGUCGCUCUGACUGCGCUGUUGGGCAUAAUAAAAUUGCACCGUACCAAGCAGCCCUGCUAUGACCAGUAUAGAGCGAAUUAAACAGCGAAUAUAUAAAAAAAAAUGUUCCCACUAAAACGAAAGUGAACAUGAUACGGGAACGGCCUAGCGCAUGCCUUCGCUAUUAAUACAGAUA